AUGGCGGGGAUUACAAAACUCGAGCUCCGGACGGCACUUGGCCCGGUUUAUCGGGAUGUGCUUCCUUACCCACCACGGGACUGCACCGCGGAUGAAAUCCCGGUCAUAGAUCUAGCACUUAUGUUCUCCGACGAAUUAUCCGACCGUAAACGCGUUGCCGCUGACCUCAAAUCGGCUGCAACCAACAACGGCUUCUUCUACAUUAAGAACCAUGGAAUAUCCGAAGAGACUAUUGCUCGGUGCAAACAGCAGGUGCUGAACUUUAUGAGGCAGCCCCAAGAGAAGAAAGAUCUAUUAGAAUCGAGGACGCAUAGCAAGUAUUACAAUGGAUAUCUUGGGAAUCGAAAGGCUCAGAUAUCUCGUACCGAGACUGCUGACGUUCGAGAAUCUUUCUCAUUCCGUUAUUCUCCAGAGCUUGAUCCGGAUCAUCCAAUGGAUAUAUCUGACGUUUCUCCCGAGGUCAGAUCUUGGAUUCGUGGAGAAGACUUCGUGUGGGAUGGCACAGCUCAUCUGGUUGACUUCAAGAAGGACUGCCUUGCAUACUGGAGUAGCUGUCUCACUCUCGCUAGAAGAUUGGUUAGGAUGUUUGCCCUGUCGUUGGACCUAGCAGAAAAUUAUUGGGAUGACAAGAUCACACAUCCCGGAGCCGAUGGCGUCUUUAACUACUAUCCGCCAAGAACCCCUGAAGAAGUUCAGAAUAACUUUGUGGGCUUAGGGAGCCAUACGGAUUUACAGCUGUUCACACUCCUUUGGCAAGACAGCGUCGGCGGUUUGCAAAUACUGUCCAAAGAGGGACAGUGGUUGCGGGCACCUCCGAUUGCCGGAACCCUCGUAGUAAACAUCGGCGACUUUAUGAUGCGACUUUGCAACGACAUUUAUAAAUCUACCGUCCACAGGGUUACAAACGAGUCCCACGCUGAACGUGUUUCUAUGCCGUUCUUUUUUGGCCUUAAUUUCAACUGCGUCGAAGGCGUUGUUCCUUCGUGUACUUCGGAGUCGAAUCCGGCAAAAUACGAGCCCAUAUCUUGCGGCAACUGUAAGCCCCUAGACCUUUUCUUUAAAUAA